CGUGCAGCAUCACAGAGACCCAGCUCCUCCCUGUUGGAUGCCGGAGGGAGGGAGCGACAGAGAGGAUCAGUGUAGGAUGAAUUACAGCCGAUGGUAGUGUGUGCAGACGAAGACAGGAGUGUGUGCACGUGUGUUGGAGACACACAGAGUCUGAGAGGGAGACUGUUGUGUUUAUGAGAGAAAGGCAGAGGGUGGAAUCAAGCAGAAGGGAGUGUUAGGAGAAGGAGAAGGGGAGGAAGAGGUAACACACGACAGUCCAAACUGAGAGAUAAGAUGGCUGAGCCGGAGCUGAAGUCACGAAGCAGUCGAGAGAGUGUUGCCAAGGCAGUGAGCCAGGAGAAGAUGGGGGCUGAAGCUGACUCCAGCCACGAGGGUCUUAUCGUGGAACAAAAAGAGUCUCCUAUCGCUCCUGCUCCCUCUACCCCCGUCGACAACCUUCCUGCUAAAAGUGAAAAGAUCGAGCUCAAACGAAGCAUCACCCUCUUCAACGGGGUGGGGAUGAUCAUAGGGACCAUCAUCGGCUCUGGCAUCUUCGUCACCCCCACAGGUGUGGUGAAGGAAACCGGCUCUGCCGGCCUCUCAUUGGUCGUCUGGUCUGCCUGUGGUGUGGUGUCCACCAUGGGUGCCCUGUGCUAUGCUGAGCUGGGCACAACUAUUGCCAAGUCUGGGGGAGACUACACCUACAUCCUGGAGGUGUAUGGGGAACUUGCAGCCUUUCUGAAGCUUUGGGUGGAGAUGCUGAUCAUCCGUCCGUCAUCGCAGUAUGUGGUGUCGCUGGUGUUUGCCACCUACCUUCUGAAACCUCUGUACCCCAGCUGUCCGGUGCCGGACAGUGCUGCCAAGCUUAUUGCCUGCUUGUGUCUGACCUCCCUGACCUUUGUCAACUGCAUCAGUGUGAGGGCUGCCACCAAGGUUCAAGACUUGUUCACAGCGUCCAAACUGUUUGCUUUGUGCAUCAUCAUCCUCUUUGGCUUCAUCCAGAUUUUCACAGGUGAUGUUCCUUAUUUGACACCAGAAAAGUCAUUUGAAGGCAGCAAAAUGGGGGUCGACAACAUCGUCCUAGCCUUGUACAGCGGUCUUUUUGCUUUUGGCGGCUGGAAUUAUCUGAACUAUGUAACAGAGGAGAUGGUCAAUCCAGAGAGGAACCUGCCACUGGCCAUCAUCAUAUCCAUGCCUAUAGUCACCGUGGUGUAUGUUCUGACCAACCUGGCCUACUUCACAACUAUUUCUCCUGAAGUCAUGGUGGAGUCGGAGGCUGUUGCUGUGACUUUUGGGGAGCAGCACCUCGGCAGGAUGUCAUGGCUCAUUCCUGUCUUUGUGGGAAUGUCCUGUUUUGGAGCCGUCAAUGGUUCCCUCUUCACUUCAGCACGCUUGUUCUAUGCGGGAGCUCGAGAAGGUCAACUCCCUGCUGCUCUGGGACUUGUUCACACAGACCUGUUCACACCAGUGCCAUCUCUCAUCUUUACUUGCUUCCUGUCCAUGAUGUACACCAUCUCCCAGGACAUCUUCUCUGUCAUCAACCUCUUCAGCUUUUUCACCUGGCUGUGUGUUGGGAUGGCCAUUGCUGGCUUGGUAUGGUUGCGUCUCACCAAGCCAGACCUCAGAAGGCCCAUCAAGGUGUACCUCUUCAUCCCUGUCACGUUUGUGUUGGGCUGCAUUUUCAUGAUUGUUGUGUCCUUCUGGGCCGCUCCCUUCGAGUGCCUGGUAGGCACCAGCAUCAUUCUCACCGGCAUUCCUGCAUAUCUGCUUGGCUACAAAUGGAAGAAGCCCCACAUGGUGCAAAAGAUGCUCGAAAUCUUCACAAUGUUCUGUCAGAAGAUCCUGAUGUCUGUUCCUGAGGAGAGGGAGCAACAUGAGGCAGCGGAGUAACGCUGGCCAAACCAGCCAGAAGAAAGUCUGUGGCCAUCCAUGUAGUGUUUACAGUCAUGCACUUGUGAUUUGACCCUUAAGUUUAUUAAUCUUAAACGUUAUUUUACCAAGCAAAUGUGGAAGACUUUCAUGUUUACAAGAACUGCAACUCAAAAUUGGAAAAUGAGCAUUCCCUGUGUAAAACGUCUCAAGGCACAUUCCAAAACCUCUUAGAAUAUAAAUAUCUACAGAUUGGAUCUCAUUUCGAUUUCCUCCAUUUUUAAUGAAAGCAAUGCUUUCCUUUUAAAAAUUAGAUGUGAGCACAUAGGGUUUAUAUAUCUGAAGCACACAGUCAGACCUACAGAUUUAGUAAAAGUGUACUUAAGAGUAGUUUAGAGAACAGACAGCUUUGACAGUCUUUAUUUUUGUUAUAGUUUAUUACAUAUCUUUAGAAUAUGAAAGCGACCCAUGAAGAAUAACUGAGGAUUUAGCUGGUAUAACUAACAAUUAAACAGGUUUAAAAUACACUGAUAGCUUAUAAAUGUCAUGUUCAGACAAAACACUCGACUUAAAAAACCCAUACAAAUAUUGCAUAGACUUUUUAAAAACAUUUUAUUUUUUAUUUCUCUAAAAGUAAGUCUGUACUAACUCUGAAGCACAGGUAAACAUUGAAUAAGCGUUUCCUUAAAGACCCACUCCAAUGAAUAUUGUUUUUUUUAGCACAUACUUGUGGUAUUUUCUGAUGAAGGACAUAACGUAAAUUAGGCAAAUCAAGCUCACAGCUGCAUUUCUGAGAAUGUCUUUAUUCAAAUUGUUGUGAAUCAGGAGCAGUGCUGUUUGAAAAAGAGCAUCUAGAAAAUAUGCUGGGCAGGCCAAAAGCUUCAUGUUUCACUCAGUUCUGAUGCAUUUGAUGCAAAAGAAGCAUGUCUAUGAACUCCAAAUAAAUCCAUGAACGUCUUCGUUUUUCUCGUCUGAGAUGGCAUCUUGCUCAUAACUGUAUGUCUGGAUGGCUCCAACAUUGCUCGCCAUCUUUGUUGUACCGGUCAUGUUAGGCUGGAGGUGUGAGGGGCUGUAAGCUAGUGGGAGAGCAUAUAAACAGAGAGCUCUCAGCAGGAGGCAGGCCCUGCCCACAAUUCAGUGGUUAAUUUCGAAUUAACUACUGCCACUGCAUAAUCACAAUUAAAAGACCACUAGGAACGCUUUCAAAACAGCUCAAAAGAUGAUUGGAAUGGGUCUUUAAGUCUUAUUUACAGUUGUUGCUGUCAGGCGUUAUUUUCAUUCCACUGUAAAUGGUUAGUGAGGCAAAACUGUACAGAUUUGAAAGUAGUGGACUUAUUAGUGUUUGUAUUGAAUGUAUCGUCUGUGCCACCAGUGUCCGUAAUGAUGCUUCACGUCCUUAACGUCACUUCAAGACCAGAGUGAAUGCUACAAAUUUGAAGCCUUUCAAUUUUUGGAUUUUUGAGAGGAAAGUUGUUACUAAAGAAACCACCUGCAGGCACGUCUGCUGUGAGCCCAAAGGCCACAAAUCCAGGUUUUUUUUUAGAGAUCAAGGCACACGAAAAGCACACAAACAUGGCCUGGAUUUGAACACAUCUUGGAUUAAUAGCAGUAAAAGAAGUGGCAUAGACAGUAAAAAAACAACACAGUUAUGAUGAUUUUUUUUUUACUAUAAAAAGACCAAAUAAGAACAAUCGAUUACAGUUAAAACUAGAAUAAAGCACCUUUUGUAGUAAUAAAUUACUAGCAAUUUAGCCCAAAGACAUUCGUUUCACAGCACAGCUGAUUAAGAAAUGUCUUUGUGCUUUUAAUUGAAUGUAACAAAUUUAAUUAUUUAAAAAAGGAAGAAAGUAUUUUGUCCAAAGCGGCACUUUGAUUCAGAUUAAAUAUAAAUUAUUUUUGACCCCCCUCCCCCCUCCAAACUUUCUUUUCUAUAUUAAGUACAAAAUAUUUUAACUGUAUGUGUAUAAAAUACAUAUAUCUGUAACUGCAAAUCAAUGUUGCCCUAAACGGCAGGACCCUGCUAAAGUUAUUUUUAAUCUAAAAAGUAAAGAGUCUUUAUUGUAACUGUUGUAUCUCAGUGACCAUGGCAGGUACAUGUAACAAUAAAAGUAUUUUUCUUCAA